CGACCCGUAGAGUUGUUCUCUCCUCUGUGACACACUCAUCCUCUCAGCAUUCACCAUGUCUUUUGAUUUGGACGCAUUCUGCACUGGCCUGACAGCCGCGUCGAGCUCUUCUGAGCAGGCUGUGUGCGCUCUGCAAACGAUCGUGGCCGGAGUUUCUAAGACUGUCGGAGGUAUUGACGCGGAAGGGAUUACUGCAGGUGUUGAUACUUUCUUCCUCAUUUUUGCGGGUGCCUUGGUCUUCAUGAUGCAGGCCGGGUUCGCCAUGCUUUGUGCUGGAUCCGUCCGUCAAAAGAAUGUAAAGAAUAUUAUGCUCAAGAACUUGUUGGAUGCCUGUGGUGGUGCUAUUGGCUUCUACACCGUUGGUUUCGGCUUCGCUUAUGGCGGUGACGACACCACCGACAAGACCUUCAUUGGCAACAGCUACUUCGCGCUCCGUGAUUACACAAAUUAUGCAGGUUUCUUCUUCCAGUUUGCGUUUGCUGCCACUGCCGCCACGAUUGUUGCCGGUACAGUUGCUGAGCGAUGCAAGAUGUCGGCAUACCUUUGCUACUCUCUCUUUCUUACGGGUUUCGUCUAUCCCGUCGUUGUACGCUCUGUCUGGAGCUCCAACGGGUUCUUGUCAGCCUUCAGUGCCGACCCCUUCCAAGGAGUUGGAACCGUUGACUUUGCCGGAUCAGGUGUGGUGCACAUGACUGGAGGACUCACCGCCUUGAUUGCUGCCAUUGUUCUUGGACCGCGUAAGGGUCGGUUCUACGAUGAGGAUGGCAACCCUCUGGAGACGCCCGCCAGCUUCCCAGCCCACUCUGUAGCCCUCCAGAUCCUCGGAACUUUCAUCUUGUGGUUCGGAUGGUACGGAUUCAACCCUGGUUCAGCCCUGAAGAUUGCUAACGCCGAUUCGGCCGCAACCGCCGCUUUGUGUGCCGUCACCACCACUAUGGCCGCCGCUGCCGGUUGUGUUUCCGCCAUGUUCACUGACUCGAUCAUUGACGGCAUGGCGACCGGUGAAACUACGUACGAUCUGACCAUGGCCAUGAAUGGAUGCCUUGCUGGUCUCGUUGCCGUCACUGCUGGUACAUCUGUCGUCACCCCAUGGGCCGCAAUCAUUAUUGGAGUCGUUGGAGGUUGGGUCUACAUUGGUAUGUCCAAGCUUUUGAUCAAGCUCAAGAUUGAUGACGCUGUCGAUGCCAUCCCUGUCCAUUUCGCCAAUGGUUUCUGGGGUGUCCUAGCCACCGGCCUUUUCGCCAACGGUGGAUUGAUGGCAACCGCUGGGUACAACUCGGAACACGAGGGCUGGUUCUACGAAUGGGGAAGUGGCUCCGGAGAUGGAAGUCUUCUCAUCUGCCAGCUUGCUUGCCUCGCCUGGAUUAUUGGAUGGGUCACCACCAUUAUGACGCCCUUUUUUAUCCUUUUGAACAUGGCCGGUAUGUUCCGUGUGGACCCGCUUGAGGAAGAAGUUGGUCUUGAUAUUUCCCAUCACCGUGGAUCUGCUUACGAUCUUUCGGGACCCAGCAAGGACCAUGUUGACGAGCUCAUGGAAAUUCGUGCCUCGAAGCACGGCAAGGUUGAGGUUCCAAAGGAGGUUGCGCAGGCUGCUGAUGACGCCGCCGAAGAGACUGCUUAAACGGUUUAAUUGCUGCUCGUGUGGGCUUUCAGCCCAUCUGAUUCAUGUUUAUAUCGUUUCUUUGGUGUAGCGGCUUUGAAUUUUUGGUUUUGGGAUAGACGAUGGGACAGUUUUAGUUUGUUUUUCCAGGUUUUUGAUCAUAUGUCUAUUUCUCCCCUAAACAGUAUUUAAAGUCCGGUUUGUCGAUACCUU